ACCAGGACCAGGAUCCAGACGGCUUUCCUCAUGGACGAGUCGGCGCUGGAACGUUACUUCGAUGACUCCAUCGCUAACGACUAUGGUUUUUUGGGGGAGGAACUUGACCCCCAUAGCCCCGCCCCCUCAGGAACGGGUCCAGCCCUUUCUCACCUGCCCGUGAAGGCGGGGGAGGAGCUCGACCUCAGCUUCCUCCCCGACGAAGUCCCUGAUGAUGCAACAGCCGACAGUCGGCCCGUCGCUCUAGACGUGUCUCAGGACAGCGGCAUCGGUCUGGACCACAACUCCCAGGAUGCAGCAGCAGAAGACCCCCAGCAGGGGCCGGCCCCCUUCUGCCCCAUGACCCCCAUGACCCCCAUGACACCCAUGACCCCCGUGACGGAGAGGUCAGGAAUCAUCCCCAUGUUACAGAACAUCGUUUCCACAGUGAACCUCGGGUGUCCUCUGGAUCUGAAGUUCAUCGCUCUGCAGGCCAGAAAUGCCGAAUACAACCCAAAGCGCUUCGCGGCCGUCAUCAUGAGGAUCAGAGACCCCAGAACCACAUCGCUGAUCUUCAGCUCCGGAAAGAUGGUCUGUACAGGAGCCAAAAGUGAGGAGCACUCCCGACUAGCAGCCAGGAAGUAUGCCCGUGUGGUUCAGAAACUCGGCUUUCCGGCUCGUUUCCUGGACUUUAAGAUCCAGAACAUGGUGGCCAGCUGCGACGUUUGCUUCCCGAUCCGGCUGGAGGGGCUGGUGCUGACCCACCAACAGUUCAGCAGCUAUGAACCAGAACUGUUCCCGGGCCUCAUCUACCGGAUGGUGAAGCCUCGCAUCGUGCUGCUCAUCUUCGUGUCGGGGAAAGUGGUUCUGACGGGAGCCAAAGAGCGAGAGGAGAUCUACGAAGCGUUUGAGAACAUUUACCCGAUUCUGAGAGGCUUCAGGAAGCAGUGAGGACGACACCGCGUCCUGUUUGAGGACAACACCACUUCCUGUUUGAGGAUGACAUCACUUCCUGUUUGAGGACAACUCCUACACCACUUCCUAUUUGAGGACAACUCCUACACCACUUCCUAUUUGAGGACAUCUCCUACACCACUUCCUAUUUGAGGACAUCUCCAGCACCACUUCUAUUUGAGGACAUCUCCUACACCACUUCCUAUUUGAGGACAUCUCCAGCACCACUUCCUGUUUGAGGACAUCUCCAGCACCACUUCCGGUUUGAGGACAUCUCCAGCACCACUUCCGGUUUGAGGAUAUCUCCUGCACCACUUUCUGUUUGUAAAUAGAUGAUCUUUGAAUGUGUCUGAAUGUUGAAAAGAAAUAAAUGACUUAAAUGUU